AUGGAGUCUGUGGAGAAGGAGUGCGGAGCGCUGGGUGGAUUAUUCCAGGCCAUCGUGAACGACAUGAAGAGCUCCUACCCAGUGUGGGAAGAUUUCAGUGCCAAGGCCACAAAGCUGCACUCUCAACUCAGGACUACUAUUCUGGCAGCUGUGGCAUUUUUAGAUGCCUUUCAGAAGGUGGCAGAUAUGGCUACCAACUCUAGAGGUGCAACCAGGGAAAUUGGCUCAGCUCUGACCAGAAUGUGCAUGCGACACCGCAGCAUUGAGACAAAAUUAAGACAUUUCACCAAUGUUCUCAUGGAAGGCCUGGUCACACCACUCCAAGACCGGAUAGAGGAAUGGAAGAAGAUGGCUAAUCAGCUUGACAAAGACCACACCAAAGAAUACAAGAGGGCCCGUCAGGAAAUUAAAAGAAAAUCGUUAGAUACCAUUAAGCUCCAGAAAAAAGCAAGAAAAGAGCUUCUAGGCCGGGGAAACCUGCGCCCUCAGCUGGACAGCGCCAUGCAAGAUGUCAAUGACUUGUAUCUGCUAAUGGAGGAGACAGAGAAGCAGGCGGUUCGAAGGGCGCUUCUGGAGGAGAGAGGACGUUACUGUACAUUCAUCAACUUCCUUCAGCCAGUGGUGAAUGUGGAGAUUGCCAUGUUGGGAGAGAUAACCCACUUACAAGCCAUUGUUGAUGACCUCACUAUGUUGACUGAAGACCCACAUAAGCUGCCACCUGCCAGUGAGCAGGUUAUUCGGGAUCUGAAAGGCUCAGACUACAGCUGGUCCUACCAGACCCCUCCUUCCUCCCCAAGCAGCACCAGCUCAAGGAAGAGCAGCAUGUGCAGCUUGCUUCAGAUGCCAUCAGCGGGAGCACAUCGGCUCAGCAGCGUCUCCUCCCACGACUCCGGUUUUGUCUCACAGGAUGCCAACACCCAUUCUAAGCCUCCGUCACCCAUGCCCUCAGAUAUCACUAGCCAGAAAUCCACAAGCUCAGCCUCCUCUGAGGCCUCAGAAACCUGCCAGUCUGUCAGCGAGUGCAACUCUCCUACAGCGUAUGGCUCAUGCUCAUCCUUCGGUACCUUCCGCCCUGCUUUCUCUCACACUGGCACCAUCAGGCCUCUCUCUGUCAUACUCCCUGCGUCCCCCACAUUUAACCACUCACCUGGAUCCAACAAUUCUUCACCCACAUCAAAGGUUCCUAGCUGGAAGGACUGGGUCAAGUCGAGCUCCUGUGAGCCGACGCUGGCCAGCACCCCACAGCGCAGGAGGGACUCUGUGGAAAAGAUGAGAGAGCUGGAGGCGCCGCCUAGUCCGCAGGGAUACUCUGGGAUGCAAACAGGUGAUCGGCAGAGAGCGAGAAGUGGCCCAGGAAUUAUUACAGCCAAGCAUGGAGAGCCCCUGUCUCCAGCAGCCAGUACUCUGGCUAUGGUUCUUACGAGAGGCCUGAGUAUGGAGCAGCAGAAGAGCAGCAGGGACUCCCUGCAAUACUCCAGUGGCUACAGCACACAAACAAACACCCCUUCCUGCUCUGAGGACACAAUUCCAUCUCAAGGUUCUGAUUAUGAGUGUUACUCACUUAACGGGGAUGUUGACAAUGAGAGUCAGCCAGACUUUGACAAGUCCUCCACCAUCCCACGCCAUAGCAACAUUGCUCAGAGCUACCGCCGCAUGAUUCAAACCAAGCGGCCUGCCAGCACAGCAGGUCUGCCUGCAGGUAAGAGCCUGCAGGGCACUUCAAAUGGCUCCGGGGGAAGUGGCCCUGGAACCAUUUCCUCUGGGACGGCCACGAUCCGCAGGACGCCUUCCUCUAAAACUGGAGUUAGACGCACACCGUCAACAUCUGGCCCCAUUCCCAUCCGGCCACCGAUAGUGCCAGUUAGAACCCCCACGGUCCCAGACUCUCCAGGGUCUGCUAGCCCAUCCCCACGCCAUAUGGGGGGUGAGGAGUUUCUAUACAGUGAUGACCCUUCAGCUGGGGACUACAUGAGGGCUUCUCCAAAGCGGAUGAGUCUUCCUGAUACAGCUUGGGGCUAUGGAGGAGGAGGAGGAGGAAUGGACAGGACUGCUCACACCCAGCCAGCCCCCAGCGCGGCUGCUCACACAGCUGAGGAGGACCCUCAGCUUGCUGCCAACCGUCACAGCCUGGUUGAGAAGAUAGGAGAACUGGCAGCCAGUGCACAUGCCCUCGGUGAAGGUCAGUACCCCUUCCCCAGCUCAUUGUCUGGAGACAUGGCUCAGCAUGCGCCACAGGAUUCAUCAACUGUUACCCAGGAGGAUGUGGAUAUGUUAAAAACCAUUCGCCGUGGGGUGAAGCUGCGCAAGACGCUAACUGAUGACCGGUCGGCUCCCAGGAUCCUUCGGUAAUUUAAGAAAACAGAAGCCCUUAUCCACAAACUGAAGCACUCAUUAAACCGAGGCACAGUGUGCAAAGAGGAUACAAGGUGGUUAAUAAAGACCAGCCAACAACAGAAAGACUUUAAAGUAUCUGAAGUCAUUUCUUUUCAGAUUUGUAUUACGUUCGUACAAAGUAAUGCAUUUAUUUUGUUUUUGUUGUCAUUUUUUUUUUUUUUUGGUAAGCUGUGUUGUUGUGCAUCUGCUCUUCAGCUCAGUUUGUCCCAGUGGUUCCAGUGUGCAACGCAUUACACGGUUGGAUGGUAUUGCUAUUAAUACUGCAUUUCUUAUUGUAUUAAUAGUGCGUAUAGGGAUGCAUUUCCUAAUGAUCACAGCCGCCUUUCAUUGGAAACGUGGGUGGCGGGGUGCUCUGUGAGCCUGUCUUGUUUCUCAUCGUUACUGUCCAAGUAUUUCUGUUUUGUUUUGUAAGCGGGGCAGCAGCUGUGUAAUUUCAUGUAAAAAUAGAAGCAGUACAGCAGUGUUUAUAUUGCCGUACUCUACUGUCAAUGUAUUCUGCAAUUAAACCAGCUUUUUA